UUUCGGGCCAGGCGAGUUCCUUCUCCUUGUUUGGCAGACUGCAGACGAAGAAGUGCUAACUUUACCCUUCAAACACACUUGUAACCUUGUCAAACACGAGUUAUUUGUGGCUCCGAGCUGUCCUGCUGCGACGGGAGUUUGCUGGCUUUAGGACCCAGCAGAUCAGCGGCUUGUCUGCUUCUGCUCUGUGUUGUAUCCACUGUGGAUCUAUCAGCGGCGGCAGCAAGCAGCUCUCCACACGUCCUCACACGCUCACUCACUCAUGGACCAGCAGUAGACUUAAGCAACUCUCACAGGGACAGCAUCACAGCGCAAUGGACACAAGCGGCCCCAAGUGUAAGUCAAUGGAGGUGUUGGUGAAUGAGCUGGGCGUGCUGCUGAAGAUGCUGGACCAGGAGAACCUCAGCUCCACCACCCAGGAGAAGAAGACCUCAGUGCGGAACCUCCUGCAGCAGAUAGAGCCAUCAGUGUCAGGAACAGACUACAUCUACAUGAACUCAUCAGUGUACAGAAAUGGCACGAGCUUUGUAGAGUCUCUCUUUGAGACAUUUGAUUGUGAGCUCGGAGACCUAAAGGAUGUUUCUGAUGAUGUGAAAGAAAACAAGAAUGCACAAACUGAAACUUCAAAAAAGCAGAGCUGUGCAGCCCCACACUCAGCUGACUCGCCACCCCCGCUGCCCACAACCCCUCCUCCGGAGGAGUACUACGAAGAGGCAGUGCCCCUGAGCCCUGGCAAGAUGCCUGAGUAUAUAAUAACAAGAGUAAGGUCCAGCCCUCCUAACUCUAUAGAAGAUGGCUAUGAAGAUACAGAAAACCAAUACCCCACUACCUGCUCAAACUUACGUCGCAAAAACUCCUACAAUGAUUCCGAUGCUCUGAGCAGUUCUUACGAGUCCUACGAGGAAGACGAGGAAGAGAGGAGCCCGGGCGUCCGGCUUACUCAUCAGUGGCCCUCUGAUGAGAGCUCCAUGCCUCCUGCCAGGGACUGUCGCAUUUGUGCCUUCCUGCUGCGUAAAAAACGCUUUGGGCAGUGGGCCAAGCAGCUCACUGUCAUACGGGACAACAGGCUACAAUGUUAUAAGAGUUCCAAGGACAUCUCCCCCUACGUGGACCUGCUGCUGCCCCAAUGCACUGUAGUCUAUGUCCCCAAAGACAGCAAGAGGAAGCAUCACGAGCUUCGCUUCACCUUGCCCAAUGGCGAUGCGCUGGUGCUGGCAGUACAGAGCAAAGAGCAGGCCCACACGUGGCUUACGGUUGUCAGAGAGGUGAGCGGUCAGAGCGCAGCGCCCGAGGAAUCGGCAUCUCCUGUCAUUCUCAGAAAAUGUGAACUUGAUAAGAGGUUGUCUGCGGAGAGGAACACAUCGGAUUCAGACAGUGUGGGCGUGUCCGCUGGAGAGAACUGCAGAGAGAAUGGUAAGGGGAAACGGGGUCCUUUUGCUGCGGGGCGUAAGAUCACACGCAUCAUCAGCUUCUCAAAGAAGAAGUCCACUCGGACAAGUGACCCACGGACAUACAGCGAUCCUCGGCAAGGCCAUUUGUCAGUGCUGGUGAACCAGGUGUGGCGGGAGCAGUGGUGCUGCGUGUGCAGAGGUGCCCUGCACUUCUACCAUGACAAAGGAGAUCCUCGGAUGUCUCUCCCUUCCCUUCCUCUGCACGGCUGCGAGGUGGUUCCGGGACUCGGACCCAAGCACCCCUUUGCCUUCCGUGUCUUACGGGACAGCACAGAAGUGGCUGCCCUGGAGGCAAGCAGCUCAGAGGAGCUUGGACGGUGGCUCGGUCUCCUCCUGGCAGAAAUGGGCUCUGCGACAGACCCAGAAUCGCUGCAUUACGACUACGUUGACGUGGAAACCAUUGCUAACAUCCGUGAUGCUGCGCGGCAUUCCUUCCUGUGGGCUACCUCCUCCAGCAGCACCUCCACAGAUUCUAGAACAUACGACGAGGUACCUAACGAGGAUCUGCAGUCAGGAGAGAACCGCAGGCAGCAGUCUGGGAAUACAGGGAAACGCCGCUCAAGUUUCUCAAGCAGCGACUCUGACAGAACCAAGCCAUUAGCCUCCCUGAAGCGGAUAGGCUCACAUACCAACCAGUACGGUAGGUAUGGGAAAACGCGAGCAGAAGAAGAUGCCAAACGCUACCUCAGAGAAAAAGAGGAGCUGGAGAAAGAGCGAGAUGGCAUACGUAAUGCACUAGUCACCCUCCGACAGCAGAAGAGAGAGCUGAAAGAAGAGCUGAAGACAGCUGCUGCAGAUAAGAGGAAGUCUUUCCUGAACAAGCGUGUGGCUCAGUUGGAGGAGGCCUGUCGAGCUAAAGAGGCAGAGAGGGUGGACCUGGAACUUCAACUGACUCAGGUCAAAGAAAACCUAAAUAAGAGCCUGGCAGGAGGAACCCUGGGGGCAUCAGCAGAGGCUAAACCUCCUGUUCAGGCUUCCAGCAAGAAGAUCCAGAAUAUCUACAGUGAUUCUUUACCAGUGAAUUGUGCCGCAGAGCUGCGUAGGAGGCCACCGUCUGUUUACGCUUCUUGUACUGGAACUGUCAUGCAGAAAGCAAAGGAAUGGGAGUCAAAGAAAGGAACCUAGAAGGACGAGGGAAAUAAUGCAUAUCUGGAAGGGACUUUGGACACUUUGCCUAAAAUCUGCCAUUUAUAAAUGAAAGUCAAGACUUGUUUCAUUUUGGAUUGCUGAGAAACUGCAUAAACAGUAAUGAAAGAAAUCAGCCACUAGGUGGUGGUACAGCUUACUGAAUAUUUCCAGACUGCUCAAAGUCUGUAGCCAAGUAUUUUCACUUUCUGGAAAGGUGCAGUUUAAAAUUUUGGAAAAGGAAAAACAAAUCAAGAAGGGUAAGUUCACCAAAGAAAGACACAUUAAAAGUAUGGAAAGCACUACAAAUGUAUAAAAUGUAGUGUGAAAAAGAGCCAGAAAUGUUUAAAUGGUGUCGUGAGGGGAAAAAAGAAGACCAAAGCAAUGUGACGUAUCGGAAACUUUGAGAAUGAAAGAUAGUUUAAGCCAUGAUGUGCCUUUUAGGUGACAUAAUCUUUUUGUUCUGCCUGUACAUAAUGAGCGCCGACUACUGUUCUACAUGUGUUUGUACUUAAAAUACUGUACAGCGCUUAAUUUCUCAUCAUAAGUGUGCAAAAGUUUUAGGCACAGUUUUCCAAGGUAAUUGGCAGGUAUGUUCCUCUGGGGUUUCAGGCUGUCUGAGUUGCUUCAAGUAAUCCCAGAGUAAAUCCGUAAUCUUCAGAUGAUACCAUCUGUCGCAGCAGUCUCUCUAUUCCUUGAUGUUUUUCUAAUGACUCCGCAUCGGCUGAUAUCCCUAAUGUUGCUACUCUUUUUAAGUGCCUAAAACUUUUUGUGCAUUUUUCUACCUGAAGUCAGUAUUCGGGUACGUGCCAUAGAGGAUUCUGGGUAAAAAACAAAGUAAAUCCAUGCUUUGUCCUGAUCGCCCUCCUUGGCACACAUUUAAAUACAGCUGAAUACUUACAUUACAGAUCAUUGAGUUACUAACACAGUGGUGCUAUCAGUGAUAGAAAUCUAUCUUUUCCUUUUAAUGAAAUCCUCAAAUGUCAUUUUAACACGUUCCUUACCGAACCUGUGGUCGCCUGUUGCACUUUACUGUUCUCGUGCCUGGAUGAGGGAAUAAUAAAUGUGUGUCUUAUUUUCCCAAACCA